AUGGCCUGUUGCUUCUUUCAAAAACAUACCUUUGUAAAAGGAAAGGAAUACAACGACACAUGGAGAAAACAAGUCAUAUAUCAACUGCUUACGGAUCGAUUUGCUAGGGAUGAAGAUGACUUUGAACAUCCAUCUCAAGGAAGAACAUAUUUGGGAGGAACUUGGAAGGGUGUCAUAAGGAAACUCGACUAUCUUCAAUCACUUGGUUGCACAGCCAUAUGGAUUAGUCCCAUCGUAAAGAAUAUCGAAGGCCAAACAGGCUAUGGAGAACCUUACCAUGGCUAUUGGACGCAGGACUUUACAAAACUCAAUAGUCAUUUCGGCACUUCCGAAGAUCUUCAAGAUUUGGUUAAUAAUCUUCACAAACGUGGAAUGUUGUGUAUGGUCGAUGUCGUUGUCAACCAUAUGGUACAUCCUGGAACGGAGGCAGUUGACUACUCGCAGUUCAAUCCAUUUAAUCAAGCCAAUGAUUUCCACCCCUGGAAGUACAUUCAGGAUUAUAACAAUCAAGAAGACGUUGUUACAGGCUGGCUUGGAGACAAUUGUGUGAAUUUACCUGAUUUAAAAACAGAAAAGUCCAGUGUACGUAAGUUUUUUCAAAAAUGGAUCAGUGAUUUGGUCAGCACCUACAAGUUUGAUGGUAUGAGAAUUGACACCGCCAAACAUGUUGAAAAAUCCUUCUUUCCUCCAUUUGUUAAAGCAGCAAAGAUCUUCACAACGGGUGAAAUCUUCCAUGGUAACCCCAAAUAUGCAGGAGCUUACCAAAACUAUAUGCCUUCAGUCAUUAAUUUCCCUCUUUACUAUCAGUUGCGCGAGACGUUUUCAUCCCCCAGAAUUCCUAUGUUUGAGUAUUAUCAGAAAGGUGUGUUGGAUAUCAGACAUAAUUUUAGAGAUACAACCAUACUAUGCAACUUCCUUGAAAAUCACGAUGUGCCUAGGUUCUUCUCUCAAACACAAGAUAAUGCUUUAGCGCUAAACGCCAUUGCUGCAACGAUCUUUUCGGAUGGUAUCCCCGUGAUAUAUUAUGGUCAAGAACAGAGAUUCAGCGGUGGUGACGAUCCUGAUAAUCGAGAAGGGCUGUGGGUGAGCAAAUACGAUACUACAAGCUUUUUAUUUGAGUGUAUAUCAACAUUUAUCCACCUUCGACAGAGCUUGAUAGCCAAAGAUCCAAAUUUUUGCGCUCUACUUUCUCAAAAAAUAUAUCUUGAUAAAAGAGUCUACGCAUUUUACAGAACAGGAGUUCUUGUUAUUCUAUGCAACGGCGGAAAACAAACAAGAAAGACAAUCAUUGUAGAUACGUCCUCUUUCUCCCAAAACCCGACUCAGGUAUACGUGGAUGCUUUCAGUAAAUCUCGUAUUCAAGCCACCGAAAAGAAAUUGAAUAUUACAAUUAAAUACGGGCUUCCAAUGUACCGUCUGAAAGUAAAUAAUGAUUUUGAUGUCACUUCAUCUUCAAUUCUCCCAGUUCCUUUACCUAGAUAG